CCAAUCCAACUCAUUGUUCUCCGCAGACUUUUAAAACUCCACAGGAAUCUCAUCCGACCCCAAGGCUCCCCCUUCUUAUCCCGGGGAUGGUCCUCCCCACCAUAGUUGUGAAAAGCACACCUGAGGCCCUGAGGCGUGAUGUGCACGAAGCGCCUGGAGUUGUGCAUCGCCAACCUUGAUGCGCGCGCUGUUCACGAGGCGCGCGCCUUACUGUGCCUCGUCGCAAAAUGUGCAGUCACUGAAGCUUUGAAAGCUGGUUUGCGUGGAAAAGCAUUAAGAAUAUGCCAUUACUAUCGGGACACACUUUGGGAAGCAACUGAAAAUCCUUAUGUGCCAAAUGCUGGCUUUUUAGAGGAUGUUGUUUUUGAGGAUCCUACUUUGGUUUCUACUUAUGAGGCCUCUGAAUCACAUGAAGGUGAAGACCCCAUGAAAAAUGUUAACACCAAUGAUAAUGAAGGAGCAGUAGAGGAUUCUGUGGAUGUUGCCACUUCUUCGAGUUGUGAUCAAGCUUCAAAAAUUCAAUCUGAUGUUGCACAUGAAGAUAGUGAACUAAUAGAGGAUAUGGUUGAACUGAAGGUGAUAGAGAAACUCUCAGAAGAAUUAAAAGAGGUCCAACAUCCCAUGUCUGUAGAAGACAUAGAUGCACUGCUAGACAAAUGCCUGUUGCAUGCCUUGCAUGCAACUGUUAAGGAGAAGGACCUUCCCAUGCCUGGAAGUACGUUAUGGUCAAGCCAUGUUCUUCCAAGCAGGCCAUCUGGCAUAUCAUUAGACAUAAAGAAGUCUUCUUACAAGAAACUAUCUAAGUGGUUACAAGCUAAAGCUUCUAUAGGAUGGAUCUCAGUGAAAGAAGACAAACAUAAGAAAGAGGUAAAUCUGGUUUCAAUUAACCGGAACCACCCGGAGUAUAUAUCCUUUAAGCCAGAGAAAAAGGCCCGAAUGGCUGGGAAAUCUGCGGGUGCUGCUUCUAAUGAAGAGCAGUCACCAAGACUACUGGAUGUAACUGAAAUUUAUAAACCUAGUGUUCAUGUAAAUCCAAUUUUUGCAGCUGUAGGAGUAAAUCUCGAUAAGCUAUAUACUGCAUCAGAAGCUUCUGAAAUAGUUUUCCAGUAUGUGGAGAAAGAGAAACUUGUUAAAGCAACAAACAAAUCUCUUGUCAUUCUUGAUGCAAUUUUAUGUGAUGCCCUUUUUAAGGGAGCAAUGAAAAGGGGAUGCACUUAUCCAACUGAAAUUCAUAAGAAAGAUAUAGGGGCAACUUUUAUUAACCGGAUGCAACCCCAUCAUAGAAUUACAAGAGGAAAUGAUACAGCUGUUCGCAAAGGUACUUUGAAACCUAUUCAGAUCUUGACAGAAAGGAGGCAAGGCAACAAGAAAGUGACCAAGCUUUCUGGGCUGGAGUCGUUUUUUGUUGAUGCUGAGGUAUUGGCUUCUGAGUUGCAGAAGAAAUUUGCUUGUAGCACCUCCAUGACAGAACUUCCAGGUAAAAAGGGAUUUGAGGUUUUGGUACAAGGCGGUGUCAUUGAUGAUGUUGCUAGACAUUUGGUAGAACAUUAUGGCAUCCCAAAGAGGUUUAUUGAGGUUUAUGAUAAAACGAAGAAAUAGGUAGUGGGUUGAAUCCGUGGAUUCUGUCGCUCCUCAAGUUCAAUCGAUGUCUCAAGAGUCCGAACUACUGUUAAGUUGGAU